UCUCACCUUAACCUGUCAUGUUCACAUAAAAUUCAUUUGCAUUGAUUAGUUCUCUGGGUCAAAGCUGUGAUAUGUCAGAGAGAGAAUUACGGAUAAUUCAUCUUGUUUGGCACAUUAAUGAAAUUGCAUUGUUGGAUACCAUCAUUAUAAAAUAUAUGUAAAUGUAUUUCCGGUCUCAGGACUUAUCCGUCUUCCGCCCUGAUGCCUUUGUAGCUAUGGAAACUCGUCAACGGCAAUAUCCACCAGCCUGUUCACCCGUUUUGACCAGGGGCACCUAGUGUGAUAGCUAGCUAGCUGGCUUUAUGUGUGCCAGAAUUACCGAUCCAUUACCAAGGUUUCAAGAUGGCGUUACAACGACUGACGGCUUUGUUCAUCCUUUUCUCGAUUCUCGGCUACAUUCCAUCACGUGGAGUAAUCCUCCGAACCACAGACAAGACUGUGUGGGCAAAUGAAUUUGAACCUAUUGAGUUGACCUGCUUGAUAGAGUCCAUCUCCACAAACAACCCCAGAAUCGAAUGGAAGAAAAUCAAAAACGGUGUCCCUAGUUAUGUGUACUUUCAAAAUCAAAUUUCGGGGGACUUGGAGCACAGAGCCCAGCUGAUCCAGCCAGCCAACCUACUGAUCCUCAACACCAGCCGUGCAGACACUGCAGAGUACCGCUGUGAGGUCGCUGCCAUUGAUGACCACAAACACUUUGAUGAAAUUCUAAUCAGUCUUGCUGUCAGGGUAAAGCCUGUGGUGCCCAGGUGCAGUGUGCCUGUGGCGGUGACUGUUGGCACGUCCUCUGAGCUGCGCUGCCUAGAGAACGAGGGCUUCCCUGCCUCACAGUACCGAUGGUUCCGCAACAACGAGGAGCUUCCCCAGGACCCAAAAAGCAGCCCCAAGUUUAUCAACUCCACGUACUCCAUUAACGCUGACACGGGUGGUCUGAAAUUCCGCAGGAUGAGGAAGGAGGAUGCGGGGGAGUAUUACUGCCAGGCAAAGAAUGAAGCUGGACAUGCACAGUGUCCCGCACAGCUGAUGGAAGUCUAUGAUGUCGACAUAGUGGGGAUUUUUCUGAAGGUGUUAGCGGCAUUGGCCGGAUUCACUAUUGUGAUGGUGGGGGUUUAUCAUGCACACAAACAUGGCUGCUUCUCCUCCGGGAAGGAUCACACAGGAACCAACUACAAACCGCCAGCAGCAGAUGAUGGUAUUGACUAUGCCGAAGCAGAUGAGGGUCACUUCCGGCACAAAUCAUCAUUUAUUAUUUGAAAUCUGAGAUAGAAGACUGUCAAGAGGGGAAACACUGAAGAGGAGACACACUGAAGAGGGGAAACACUGAAGAGGAGACACACUGAAGAGGGGAAACACUGAAGAGGGGAAACACUGAAGAGGGGAAACACUGAAGAGGAGACACACUGAAGAGGAGACACACUGAAGAGGAGACACACUGAAGAGGAGACACACUGAAGAGGAGACACACUGAAGAGGAGAAACACUGAAGAGGAGACACACUGAAAAGGAGACACACUGAAGAGGAGACACACUGAAGAGGAGACACACUGAAGAGGAGACACACUGAAGAGGAGACACACUGAAAAGGAGACACACUGAAGAGGAGACACACUGAAAAGGAGACACACUGAAGAGGAGACACACUGAAAAGGAGACACACUGAAGAGGAGACACACUGAAAAGGAGACACACUGAA